CUCCUUCCGCCCCGCCGGCAUCGCAGCCAUGGUGGGCCCGGGCGGCGGCGUGCCGCUGGAGAACGCCAACCCGCUCAUCUACCGCCGCUCGGGGGAGCGGCCCGUGACGGCGCGGGAGGAGGACGACGAGCUGCCCGACUCCAUCGACGACCGGGAGAUCUUCGAUCUCAUCCGCUCCAUUAACGACCCCGAGCAUCCUCUGACCCUGGAGGAGCUGAAUGUCGUCGAGCAAGUUCGAGUUAAAGUGAACGAUGCCGAGAGCACCGUGGCAGUGGAGUUCACACCCACCAUCCCGCACUGCAGCAUGGCAACGCUAAUCGGCCUGUCCAUAAAAGUGAAACUGAUCAGAUCACUGCCCGAGAGGUUUAAGAUGGAUGUUCAUAUAACACCAGGAACACAUGCCUCUGAACAUGCAGUUAACAAACAGCUUGCUGAUAAAGAACGUGUAGCAGCUGCUUUGGAAAACUCUCACUUACUGGAAGUGGUAAAUCAGUGUUUGUCUGCUAGAUCAUAAUUGCCUGAUCAGGAAACCAUUAGUAUUCUGCUGUAUUAAUUUUGUAUAUAAGUGGUGUUGCUAAUGCUACAUGUAUCUAUGAGCAAAAUAAAACUACCUUAAAGAA